UUCGAACUAAUGAUGAACCGUCGCACUCCAGCCAUAGUUAUCUUUCUUUUAAUAUUCGAGAUUUGCGACGGCCGCACAGCUCGGGGCGAAUUCUAUCCGGGAAGGCCCGAUCUCUUCGAGCUGUCGAUUAUUCACUUGAACGACUUCCACGCCAGGUUCGAGCAAGUGAGUCCAACGGCUGGAACGUGUCCCCAAGACAGGGAAGAAGAAUGUGUCGGAGGCUUGCCGAGAGUGUACACAGCGACGAAAGAGCUGAAGAGCCAAAGACCAAACGCGAUAUUCCUCAACGCCGGUGAUCAUUUCCAGGGAACGCUUUGGUACAACGUGUAUCGAUGGAACGUAACAGCAACGUUUAUGAACAUGCUUCCUCACGAUGUCAUGACCAUUGGAAAUCACGAGUUCGACAACGGCAUUGCGGGAGUCGUUCCCUUUCUUCAAAAUGUUAAGGCCCCGGUGGUCGUAACCAACAUCGAUGCCAGUGACGAGCCAACGUUUCAAGGUCUGACUAAAAACAGCACAAUUAUUGUACGCGAUGGUCGAAAAAUCGGAGUAAUCGGUGUCGUGCUCUCGACCUUUGACGAAAUCGCUAGCACGGAAAAACUCAAAUUUCUCGACGAGGUCGAGUCCGUGAAUCUGGAGGCAGAGAAACUCAAAAGAAACGAGGCCGUGGACAUAAUCGUGGUCCUCAGUCACUGUGGCAUCGAGGUUGACAAAAAAAUGGCCGAGAAUUGUCCAAGCGUCGAUGUCAUCGUCGGUGGACACUCGCACACGUUCCUCUAUUCCGGCCCUCCACCGUUCAUCGAUACGGCAGAGGACGAGUACCCGGUCGAGGUCAGGCAGAAGGAUACCAACAGAACCGUCCUGAUCGUUCAGGCUGCUGCUUACACCAAAUAUUUGGGCAAUUUGACUGUGUGGUUCGAUAAUGACGGUGAAAUCGUCGACUGGGAAGGUGACCCUAUUCUGUUGGGUCAAGGCAUUCGACAAGAUCCGCAGAUUCUCAAAGCUUUGGAGCCGUGGAAAACGGCAGUCGAUUCGAUCGGUAAAAAAGAAAUUGGGACAACGAAAGUGGUCUUGAGAAACGAUUGUCGAAAAAACGAGUGCAAUCUUGCUAAUUUUGUCACCGAUGCGAUGGUUGACGCGUGGAUGAACGAAGCUGAGAAUGGAUCGUAUUGGACUUACGCGGCGGUUGCCUGUACGAAUUCCGGCGGUCUGAGGACCCCAAUCGGUAAUCACGUCAACGAUCGUGUAACGUACAACGAUCUUAUCACUACGAUGCCUUUCGAAAACACUUGGGACGUUCUCGAACUUCAAGGACGCGACAUCAUUGCGCUACUGCUGCAGAGCGUUGGUGACGAAGGCUCCAAUUUAAUCCCUGCAGCACACAGCUUCCUCCAUUGGUCAGGGCUGAAAACGACUUUUGACAUGAGCAGAGAACCUCAUGAGCGUCUUGUAGAGGCAAAAAUCAGGUGCCAGAAGUGCGAUCUACCGGUCUACGAGAAAAUCGACCCCGAUCAAUGGUACCGGAUCGUCGCAUGUUCCUUCCUCGUCCAAGGUGGCGAUGGCUACGAUAUUUUCGCAGAAAAUCGUCGCAAUCAUAAAGUCGGUAUGGUGGACAUUGACCAAAUUGUUGAUUAUUUUCAACGCAUGAAUCCUGUCACCAAGGGAAAUGAAAAUCGUGUACGCUUUAAGAACGUUCCAGAAAAAAAUAAAAUAAAACCUUAAUUGGCCUUUUUUAAUAAAACGUCGAAAAAGUUUGAAAGAUAUUCCACAAUUGGUUAAUGCUGUUAGAAUCGACAAAAAAAGUUUUAAAAAAAUCGAUUUUCACAUAUAAUUUAAUAAAAUAUACAAAAAUUUA